GGGCAUAGCAAUGGUUUGUUGUUGUUCUGCCUGGGUCCUCCUGACUGUCCUCUGUGACUAGAGGAGAAAUGCUGAAUCAAUAGCUCAGAGCAUGACUGAUAGAAAGUCAUACCAGUUUGAAACUCAUAUCCAUUGGUUAUUACUUAACAGCCCGAUCCGGAGAGCCACAAACACAGAUAUGUAUCCGCUUUUACAGCGCAAUUGCUCCGGUUCUCGCUUUGUCUGUGUAUAGCUAGUAAGGAUCGACAAAAGGCAAUGCAUUGAUUGUGUGACAGAUGGGCUUUUGUGUGAGAUCUACGAGUCACCACCAACAUGACCUCCAGCGUCACACGUAGAGUAUUGCGUACGGGUGGGAGUUGUCUGGUGAAACGCAUUGUUGUGUUGGGGGAUGAGCCGUCCGUGCUGCUGCUGCUGUUACUGCUUUUUGCUCCUGGUCGACUACGGCUAGCGAGUUACUCUAGCCUAUGAAUGGUCCACAAAGCAAAUAAUUGUGUGUUCUCUGCAGGAUUUAAUAUCGAAACUUCACAGGCAUCAAGUAGACCUCUUUCUUAUUUUAUUAGUAACCCCAGUAUCGCCCGUUGGAUGAGAACACUGUGUACGGAAUUAGAGCCACUUAGCAGGCCGUAUCGCCAUUGCUUUGUAAGGCUGCUGGCUAGCUACCGUCUUCCUCAACUAGCAAAACGGUUCGUGAAUCUGAGCAACACGGAGCGUCAAGAUGAAGAAAAAAGCUCGGCAGCACCGGGUUGCGGUGCCGCAGAGGCCGCCAUCUCCCAUCAUGCCUUCCCCCAACAAGCAGAUCCUGACUUACGCCCAGGCGCAGAGCAUGGUGGAGUUCGAUCUCGAUGGCCGCCUCCAUCGAAUCAGCAUAUACGACCAGCUGGACGUGAUCUCAGAUGAUGACCCUAUGGUGCAGGAGAUGAUGGAGUGCACCAGCAAUAAGGAGAAUGCUGAGAAACCACAGCAACAGGUCCUCCUGAGGUCAGUCAGACUAAAAAACAACCAGGAGAAGAGAAACGCUGCGCUGGGAAUCACUGGUCACGGCGACGGAGGUGGACUUCAGGCCGCUUGUAAUGCCGGUCCAAAGCUUCAAGAUCCUAAAUUUCGUACAGUGGAAUAUAAUCUUCCUGCAGUUCCUAAGCGCUCAGCUGCCUUUUACAAAUACACAGAGAAGACGGAGGAGGAGCUGGACGAGGAUACAGAGUAUGACAUGGAUGAGGAAGAUUAUGCCUGGCUGGAUUUGGUGAAUGAGAAACGGAGAAGCGAAGGAGUUAGUAAGGUCUCUCACAACGUCUUUGAGUUCCUUGUCGACCGCUUUGAGAAAGAGUUGCACCUGGAGAGUCUGGAUAAAGGCAGUGAAAAGCAAGCUCCCAUUGAUGAGGAUGCCGUCUGUUGCAUCUGCAUGGAUGGAGAGUGUCACAACAGCAACGCUAUCCUGUUUUGUGAUUUGUGCAACGUGGCUGUGCACCAGGAAUGUUACGGUGUGCCCUACAUUCCUGAGGGCCAAUGGCUUUGCAGACACUGCCUCCAGUUACCCACCCAGCCCGCAGAUUGCAUCCUUUGUCCUAACAAGGGUGGAGCCGUGAAAAAGACAGUCGAUGACCGCUGGGGCCACGUGGUGUGUGCCCUCUGGGUCCCUGAGGUCGGCUUCUCCAACACCACCUUCAUCGAACCCAUUGAUGGCGUCAGCCACAUUCCUCCAGCCCGCUGGAAGCUCACCUGCUACCUCUGCAAGGAGAAAGGUGUUGGGGCAUGCAUCCAGUGUCACAAAGCCAACUGUUACACCGCCUUCCACGUCAGCUGUGCUCAAAAGGCUCACCUCUUUAUGAAGAUGGAGCCUAUCAAAGAGGUGACGGACACCGGAGAAUCCACGUUCUCUGUGAAAAAGACAGCCUACUGUGGAGCUCACACACCCAACGGGUGUGUAAGGAGGCCUCUUACAAUCUACGAUGAUGUCAAACCCAAAAAUGGACUCUGUAAGAAAGUGGACAAAGGGAGAGGGGUUGGUAAAAGACCGUCGAAAGGAAAGAAGAAGAGUAAGAGUAAGAAGCCUGAGCCUGAACCUGAAAGUGAAGCUCCAACCCCUGCUACUGUGCCUACGUUUCCCGCUCACAGGUUACAAACUAUUCUGAACCAGGUGUCGGUUCAGAAGAAGAAAGCGUUUGUGGAGCUGGUCCUAAAUUACUGGACACUAAAGAGACAAUCCAGGAAUGGGCUCCCCCUCAUCAGACGCCUUCAGACAAGCAUGCAGUCUCAGAAGAAUACGCAACCGGUUUGUUCAUCUAGGCAGAGUGAGGAGGAGAGCAGGGCGCUGAAGGACCAGUUGAAGGAGUGGCAUCGCCUCCGACACGACCUGGAGAGAGCCCGGCUGCUGCUGGAGCUAAUCCGCAAGAGAGAGAAGCUCAAGAGGGAAGAGAUCAAACUGCAGGAGACCCUCCUAGAGAUCCAGUUGAGUCCCUUCAGUAUUUUGCUCCGAGCUCUCUUGGACCAGCUCCAGACCAAAGACCAGGCCAAGAUCUUCACCCAGCCGGUGGACGUCAGCGAGGUGCCCGACUACAUCGACCACAUCAAGCACCCGAUGGACUUCUCCGCAAUGCGCCAGCGCAUCGAUGCACAUGCCUACAACAACUUUGAGCAGUUUGAGAAUGACUUCAACCUCAUUAUUGAUAAUUGCAUGAAAUAUAACUCAAAGGACACUUAUUUCUACCGGGCUGCCAUUCGCCUCCGAGACCAGGGCGGGUCCCUGCUGAGAAAGGCCCGGCGAGAUGUGGAGAAAAUCGGCUUUGACACGGAAAGCGGCAUGCAUCUGGCCGAAGCGCCUGAAAUCAAAGCACCGAGAUCCUUUUCUUGGGACGACGUGGACCGUCUACUAGCGCCAGCCAAUCGAGAGCAUCUGUCUCCGGACAAGCAGCUGCAGCAGCUGUUGGAGAAGUUUGACCUGACUUGUGCCAUGAAGUCCAGCCCCUCUCGCAGCAAGCGCCUAAAGCUGCUCAAAAAGACCAUCAACGAUGUGCGCAAUGAAAUGAGCCUAAAGAGAGUCCUGCCCUCGCACCACCACCACCAUCACCACCAUCACCACCACCACCACCACCACUCUUCUUCCUCCACAACUCCUUCCACAUCAGCGUCAUCUUCAUCAGCUCUCUCACACCCAGAGUUGAGUAAACCUAAAGAAGAAAGGUUGAAGCCCAAUGGACAUUUUCCAGAUGACGAGGGAGACAAGUCUCUUCCUCCUAAACUGGAGCCUUCGGACUCCAUCCCUCCCCUCGUCUACUCAGACACAGACCCCGAGCCCCCCACCCUAAAACAUAUCGACGCCGCCACGGACUGUGAAGACAGGCAUAACAGCAAGCGCGGCAAGUUCGACAGGGAAAUACCAGAGCUGUUCUCCUCCGCCCCGCGCCUCAACGGCCACUCCCACGACAGCCUCCAGGACUCGUUGUUGGACGGAGCCGUGAGCGUGGUGGCCACGUCGACCCUCGCAGAGCCCACGGGCACGGUUAACCGCCGGACGGCCGUGCUCUUCCGCAAAUCGAAGGCCGCCAGUCCACGCAAGCCCCCGAGGAGCAGAGUCGAGGCGGCUGUCGGAGUUGACAGAAAAGGUGGCGAGGAGGAGGAAGACGAAGACGGCUCACAGCUGGGCUCCAAAUCCUUCCUGUCAGUGGUCAUACCCAGACUGGAGACGCUGCUUCACAGCAAGAAGAGGAAGCACAGCGACAGCAGAGACAUCCUGGAGGAGGGAGGGGAGGACGAGCACGAGGCGAAAGAAGAGUCCCCCGUGAAACGCCAUGACACUGGCUUGUCGAGCGGUUUUCUGGAGGUGGAAGAGGAGGAGCUCGAAGAGUCGAGUAGAGCCAGUCGACCUGUGGAGCCACGGAGACGCUGCGCCUCCGAGUCCUCCAUCUCCUCAUGUAGCAGUCUGCCAGGAAGCACCAGCGCCAUUCUCAGUCUUCCGAAAUGUGGGAAAGGGAAACCUGCCUUGGUCCGGAGAAACACUGUGGACGAUAAGAGCGAAUUAAUCGCCUGCAUCGAAAACGGGAAUUUUGCAAAAGCUGCACGAAUCGCUGCUGAGGUUGGCAACAGCAAUAUUUGGAUGCCCGCUAGUGCUGCAACAGUUGCAUUGGAACCCCUAAAGCUAGUUUGGGCCAAAUGUAGUGGAUACCCUUCCUACCCUGCCUUGAUCAUCGACCCCCACAUGCCGCGCGUGGGCUGCCAGCACAACGGGGUGUCCAUCCCCAUGCCCCCCAUGGACGUGCUCCGCAUUGGAGAACAGAUGCAGUACAAAGCCGAAGAGAAUCUCUACCUCGUCCUCUUCUUCGACAACAAGCGCAGCUGGCAGUGGCUUCCUAGAUCCAAGAUGGUUCCUCUGGGAAUGGACAAGACGAUAGACAAAAUCAAAAUGAUGGAGGGACGCACGUCCAGCAUUCGCAAGGCUGUCCAGAUCGCCUACAGCCGUGCGAUGAACCACCUGAGCAUAGUGCAGGACGAGCCAGUCAGCGACCUCAGUGACGUGGACUGAUGGCACCCGCUGACUCUGUCUCCCCCUCUCUCACACACACACACACACACACACACACACACAAACCUGUACCUCUCCUGUACCAAAUGCCUCCCUUCCCCUUACUCUCUCCGUCUCUGCAGGAGACUCAAAUGUUUACUGGGCACCUGCUGUAACAGGCGGUGUCUCUUCCUCAUCCAUUCCUACUCGCACACACUCCUACCAUGUGCCGAUGGGAUACGGCUGCUGCUGAAAUGAAUGUGUCUAUCUAUCCUCUCCACCUCCAGGCUUGUAACUGUGCUAAGAGACUGCUCUUUAUGUCCACCCCGCUCCACCCCUCCUUCACUCACUCCACCUUCACUCACUCCACCAAUCAUGAAUGUCAUUUUCAUUCAUCAUGUCAAGGCAGAAACGUACAUUUCGUACAUCUUGGUAGCCUUACCAAACAUGUCAGUAGUAAGAAAGAAUACGUAACACCGACCGUUAAAUUGUGUUUAAUCAGGCCGUUAUUCUGGCAGGUAGCCAAUCAUCAUUUCUGUUAUAAGUUAAUAUAUAAGACGCAUCUAGUCACUGGUAAAUUAGCUCAAGUGGACAAAAAAUAAAGUACAUUUCCUGCCUACAAGAAAUCUUUCCAGUUGUAGCCAAAGCUUACGUUAUGUCGCACUCACAUACUGGUCGUCUUCAUUUACCUUCCUUUGUAUGUAAACUGUAAAUAAUCUGUACAGUUGCCUGACACUAACUUAUUUUGUAGUUUUGACAUCAAUGGGUACUGUACAGUUUUUCUUAGUAUUUAUACUUGAUGCAUUCUUGACACUAACAUGUGAAUGCUAUUUUGACAGUGCUGUAUGAUCAAGAAUAAUAAAAAAAGUGCAAACGCCUUAGUAUUAAGGAGAUUAGGGCUAAAAUGUCAUGUUUCUGAAAAGUAUGAAAGUAUUCCCUUUUUCAUUUUUUAAGUUAUUGAAGUUUAUAAUCUGUAAGCUUCCAUUUGGCAUUAAUCCUUUUUGUAUGGAAAACAGUUUUAGUAUAUUUUUGUUCAUAUAUAUUUAUAUAAUUUGAAUACACAGUAACACAGUAUGUAAGUCUCUGAAGCUCAUACAGGCAGUCUGAAGUUGUGGACCCGGAACAUAAAUUGUUCUCAAGAAACCAAAAAUGUUGCUACCCAGAAGUUUUUUGCCGAUUUUAAUUUUUCUGUGUGACGUGUGAAAUUGUUGCCAAAAAAGUAAAAAAAAGUAAAGUGUAUUUUUAUGUGAUACAUUUGACUGUUACCUGGUUUUGCUGUAGUCGUAGGGAGACGUGCCUGCGGUAACUUAUUGUAAAGUAUUUGCAUUACUUUAUAUCCAAGGAAAGACGUGCAAACUGAUUGUGGUAAAGUGGCACAUUUUGUGGUGGAUACUUGCCUUCUUUUUAAGUAAACUUUUCUAACUUUUUUUUGUAGUUGUAGACUUCAAAACAUUUCAUUUCAUUUUAUACUAUUGCCUAUUUUUUUCUGGGUAGCAUUGGGACAUUUUGGUAUAUUUCCCUUUGUACUUAACUGUAGUAGUUCUUUUAUCAGGUCAUAGGAAAUAUUGCUGGGGCUAUUUUUUUUUCUAGCAAAAAAAUAAAAGAUACAAAUAUAAACA